UUUGAUUUCCCAACCGUCACACACGCAAGUAACAGUUUACGUGCAGGUAGAGAAUGGCUUUGCGAGAAAUAUAUAUGAUGACAUGCUCUACUUCCCUUGGACGAUCUCAAGCACUCGACAUUGAACCAGCAUGUCUGGGGCGAUGUCCGGUUGGGGAUUACACUGCCUGCCAUCUCCAUCCCAAAAUCGAUGUUUUCUUUACAGGCGACAGCCAUCUUAUUCAAUUCAGACGCAGUCCCGCCAUGUAAAAUCACCAUGCCGUGUGACUUUAAGAGCACGCUUGCAAGAUGCAGACUGGCCGAACAAGACAAAUGGCGUGUUCUCACUAUUCUACUCCCUACUGUUGCCUGGGCACACUAUUAUUAGGUCUGUAUUUCCCUAAAUAGCCCACGCUGUCGGACGAUGCGCCCGCGAGUUGCGACAAGCGUCAUGUCAAGUUUGAACAACGCAUCCCACUCCUUGCUGGGCAAAGGAUCCCAAGCCAGCGCCACCUGUCUCGUCGGGCCAGUCUUGAAACAAGCUUGUAAGCGCAGCCCGUCUAUCGUGGCGUGAACCGACCCGAACCGUCGCCUGCAGCCGUGCCGUCCUGGAUCGGGCCCGUCCUCUCCAACACCUCUGUUAAAACCACGGCUCCAUCAAAUAGACCCCGGCCACGAGAACCUCACUCACGAUGCUGCCGCCCUUGACCCCGGUCUUGUCACGUGCUUGUUUACCCACUUGGCGAAUCCUUCCUCUCUCAGCCGCUGUCAGCACUACAUAUUGUUGUUCCCUGUCGUGAUUAGAAGCGCAAUUUUUCUUUGCCCAAAAUUUACUGCCUCUUACGCCUGUUGUGCGACCUCACUCAUGUCGAUGACAGAAUGACUGAUCAAAUUCACCCCCAGCACCAGAGUCGGUGGGAGCAGCCGGACCAACCGGGUCUCGAGGCGGCGCCCCCAAACCCGAUCCGUUACUCCACCGCGCCGAUCCCGUACAACCCCCCGACCGAAGUCCGGAGUCCCGGCGAAAAGACAGUAUGGUCAACAACCCAGCCGUACCCGGCCCAGUCACCUCCGCAAUCCGGGAGACGUCGAAUUCUCGGCCUUACCGUACCCGUCUUCUGGGGCAUCGUCAUCGCGCUCGUCCUCGUCCUUGCCGGAGGAAUCGCCGGCGGUGUCGCCGGCGGCUUGGCGGCCCAGAAAAGCAAUAGCUCAUCGACGUAAGCACGGAAAGUCGAAUUACGACAUCCUCAAGGUCUACGUGCCCGCCUUCGAGGACUGCAUGGCCCUGUGCGCCGCCCACAACCAGGCCUACAAC